AUGAACGCCUUUGGAGGGAGAUCACGGGCAUCAGCGGGAUGGUUCUUUGCCGGCCUCGACUCGUCGUUCCCCGAUCUCGGAUCAGACGAAGGCAACCUAGCAGACCUCCGUUUCUGUAGCACAGAUCUGAAGCCUGGUUGCAAAGUCUUUCAAGUACGCAAGUCAGACCCCUCCCGUAGCACGGAGGUGCUUUUGGCACCAGAUGUUCUCAAUUACGCCGAGCUUGAAGGGGAUUUGAAAGACCAAGUACUUGUCUUCAAAUUUAAGGGAAAAUUUCACGCCGUGGACCAUAAAUGCCCACAUUCUUCGUAUCCCCUCUCACAUGGCACGCCGUUUGACAUUGAAGAUUUCGGCAUCGUGCUGAGCGCAGGGUUGACUUGUCCGAAGCAUGGCUGGUCGUUUGAUUUAUUUUCAGGCAUGGCAGAUCGAGCGCGAUACAAGCUGGGUAUUUGGGAAGUUCAGUUGCGCGGCACGGCAGCGACAGGUCCAAUAUCAAUAGGAGAGUCUCUUCCUGAGACAGAGAGCAUAGACAAAGAGGUGUGGAUAAGAAGGAAGCAGAGGAUAGGCUGA